CCCAGGACCCUGCAUUCACUAUAUCUGGUCUCCCACAGACCCUGCAUUCACUAUAACCGGUCUCCCAGGACCCUGCAUUCACUAUAUCUGGUCUCCCCGGACUCUGCAUUCACUAUAUCUGGUCUCCCUGGACCCUGCAUUCACUAUAACUGUUCUCCCAGGACCCUGCAUUCACUAUAUCCGGUCUCCCAGGACCCUGCAUUCACUAUAUCUGGUCUCCCCGGACCCUGCAUUCUCUAUAUCUGGUCUCCCCGACCCUGCAUUCACUAUAUCUGGUCUCCCCGGACCCUGCAUUCACUAUAUCUGGUCUCCCCGGACCCUGCAUUCACUAUAUCUGGUCUCCCCGGACCCUGCAUUCACUAUAUAUGGUCUCCCAGGACCCUGCAUUCACUAUAUCUGGUCUCCCCGGACCCUGCAUUCACUAUAUCUGGUCUCCCCGGACCCUGCAUUCACUAUAAACUGGUCUCCCAGGACCCUGCAUUCACUAUAUCCGGUCUCCCAGGACCCUGCAUUCACUAUAUCCGGUCUCCC